UAAUUUUGAAAUUUGGCUAAGAAUUCAACCAUUGUACUUAGAAAGACGCAAAUCGGGUUAAGAAAUGGAAAUAAAAUAUGGUUAAUUUUCAAAAACAAACAAUUAAAAACACACAAAUUAUAACUUUUAAAAUCAUGUCUUAAUUUUUUUUUUUUUUUUUUCUUUCAAACCAUUGGAAUCAAAUUUGGUUUAGUGAUAUAUUAUACAUAAAAUGAAGUUUUAAACCUAUUAAAUAAAAACCUCAAAGUUGAAAAUAGAUGUUUUUUAACCCAACAGUCAAUAGUAAUUACUUCUGGGUGAAGCAUGGCAUCAAAUUUAAAGUUCCCACCUGUUACCUGCCAGCGGCACAUCGAGCAAAGGGAAUUGGCAAAAGUUGCAGACCCCAGUUGGGGCUUCAUUUAACCUCCACACUUCCAUUUCCACACACACACCAUUCAAAUUCCCAUCCCAUCCCCCACUCUUCCUCCAUUCCUUCGCCAAUGGAAUUUCUCAUCCUCCUACUUCUAACUUCCAUUGAAGCCUAUGCCUAUCUCUUCUCACAAGCAUGGCAUCCCAUUUUCCACUUCUUCUCAAUGUCUUUCCUUGUCGUCUUCAUCAUCUUCAAUAUUGCCUCUCCUAAAUCAGUCUACUUAGUUGACUUCUCAUGCCUCAAACCACCAAGCUUCUUCAGGGUUCCAUUCUCUACUUUCCUUGAAAAUGCCACUUUGAUGGAUACUUUUGACAGUGAGAGCAUCAGUUUCAUGGCCAAAACUCUCAAGUCUUCUGGACAGAGUGAAGAAACUUGUCUCCCACCAGCCCUGCAUUUCAUACCACCCAAAACCCAUCUACAAGAAUCCAUUAAUGAAGUCCAUAUGGUGCUGUUUCCUGUCAUGGAUGACCUUUUAACCAAAACCCAUCUCUCUCCUUCCGACAUUGAUAUUCUUAUCGUUAAUUGCAGUGGCUUUUGCCCUUCUCCUUCUCUGUCUUCCAUAGUCAUCAACAAAUAUUCAAUGAAAAGUGACAUCAAGAGCUACAAUCUCUCUGGAAUGGGGUGUAGUGCAAGCGCUAUUGCUAUUCAUUUAGCUGAAAAUCUACUUCAAGUUCAUAAAAACUCAUAUGCAGUCGUGCUUAGUACAGAAAUUUUGUCUAACGGUUGGUAUGCAGGAAAGGAACGCUCUAAAUUGAUCCUUAACUGCCUCUUUCGGAUGGGCAGUGCAGCUAUUCUACUCUCCAACAAAAAAGAAGCAAAAGAAUCUUCAAAAUAUAAACUAUUUAAAACACUUAGAACACAAAGAGCUUUUGACGAUAAAAGUUACCUAUCAGCCUUACGCGAAGAGGACAUGGACGGAAAACUCGGCGUCACUCUGACAAGGGAUUUACUCCAAGUCGCCGGAGAAACUCUCCGAUCAAACAUAACGAUUCUGGGUGCUUCAAUGUUGCCGCUUACGGAGAAACUACGGCAUGGGGUAUCGAGGCUAAGAAAGCGUUUUUUGGACAAAUCGCAAGAAAUUUACAUACCGAAUUUCAAAACAGUGAUUCAACAUUUUUGCUUGCCGGUGUCGGGGGGUGCGGUUAUAAGGGAGAUCGGAAAAGUACUGAAGCUUAAUGAUAAGGAAGUGGAAGCGGCAUUGAAGACUCUGUAUAGAUUUGGGAACCAGUCGUCUUCUUCGUUGUGGUAUGAACUUGCAUAUUUGGAAGCUAAAGAAAGAGUUGAAAAAGGCGAUAAAGUUUGGCAAAUAGGGAUGGGUACUGGGCCCAAAUGUGUGAGUUUGAUUUGGGAGUGUAUUCGGCCCAUUUCUGUAGAGUCCAACAAUGGUCCAUGGGCCGAUCAAUUCUAG